AUGAGUAUAGCUGCAUAUGCGUAUGAAGCUGACAGAGCUAAACGUUUAUAUUUUGGUCAAUACUCUCUCACACUUACUGACAAAUAUAUUGUUAUUUCUGAUGGAAAUACUGAGAAAUAUAUAACAUGGAAGGACUAUGAAAAGUUUGACCCUAUUUUAACUCCAUGUACUAUGCCAUUCAUUGUAAAUGGUGAAGUUGUCAUGAAGAACGACACAACUGUUUAUAGGUCUGUAUAUGAAGCUCUUGAAAGCAUUCUUAACUUCAAUCCUUCAGGGUUCGAUACAAAAACAACUCCUUCGACAAUGCCAUUUAUAGAAAAUGGUGAAAUUGUGUCAAAAAAUAAUGAAACAGUGUAUAAGUCAGUGUAUGAGGCGCUGAACUAUAUGCUUCAUUUCAAUCCUUCUGGUUUUGACCCACAAAUAACUUCAUGUACUAUGCCAUUCAUUGUAAAUGGUGAAAUCGUCAUGAAAGAUAACACAACUGUCUCAAAGUCUGUUCGUGAUAUUUUAGACUACUUGCUUCAUUUGGGUCCUACAGGAUUUGACCCAUAUACAACUCAAUGUCAAGUACCAUUCAUAAACGACUCAGCAGAAAUAAAACUCAAAACGUCAACAGUAGAUGAAGCAAUUGCUGACUCAUUGACAAAACUUCUUGAUAUAAUAAUGAGGUUCAAUACAUUCAAAACAACAUAUGAAACCUUUAAGAAAAAUUAUGACGAUUUCUUUAAAAUUACAUACAUCGAGCCUUCUGCUCCUCAAACACCAGACUAUGCAUGUCUUAAAAUAAAGGCUGCAUGGACACAAGUUAGAACACUGACUUUUGACGGAGAUAAUAUCGUUAGAGGCGUUACAUCUGGAGACACAUUACUUACGAAAGAAUACUUAAAAAGUCAUAUCAGUGAUUUUGUGAAAGUAGAACAAAGUGAAGGAGGUAAGAGUUGGUUAGGGUGGUUGUUUAAUUUAUUUUCAGCAGGUGCAACAACUGCAUCUCUUAUAACCAUGCAAAGUGAGAUAGACACACUCUGGACUUUUCUUGGUGGCAUAGAUAGCAUGAAGUUUUAUGUUGAGUUUGCUAAAUUACAUGGAAAUACAGGAAGUUUCUUUGACGGUCUCAAAAAUUUAUGGGGUAAAGUAACAUAUAAUACAAAGAAACUAACUAACUGGGCACUCAAACGUAAAAAUAUGUUCGACGGACUUGCUUACAACCCUCGUCUCGGAAUUAUUGAACCAAUUAAUUUACAUCCUUUAAUGGCAGCAAGAGAUUUAGAUGAAGAAGGAGAAGGAGGACAAGUGGUUCAAACAAUUGUUGAAAAUCUACUGAAUAUAUAUCCUGAUUUUGAAGAAGGUUUAACAGCAACAAACACAACAAUUCGUGAAAACAGUAUAGCGUUUAACACUGAAGAUAAUAUUUUAGACUAUAUGUUCGUUGUCUUAGGUCAGUUAGCUAAGACAAUAAAAGAGAAAGGUAUUGACUCAGUCAUAACAGUUGAAGAUGUAAUGUUAAGAAAGACUUUUGACUCAUUGUUUCAAGAACCAAAAGAAGUAGUUAGUCUUUAUGAAGUUUUGAACGCAAUGCUGACAAAAAUAAAUGAAAGUGACACUGGUGACAUAAGUGAAGCAAAAGUUGUUGAACUUCUUUCACAAAAAGCAGAUAAAAACCAUGUUCAUUAUAUAAGUUCAGAUGAACAGAUUAUAACGGACUACCAUGGAUAUUUAACACAGGAUGAAAAAGUGAAGACGGAAGAUGUUAAUGAAAGAAGAUAUAAAUACAUUCAUGCUAAAGGUUAUGACAUAAGCUGUACUGUACAGUAUGACACAGGUAAAGCACAAGAAGCAUUUGGUUAUAACGAUGAAAUUUAUGCCUCUAGUUUCUUUGUUAACGGUGUAUUAGUUGAACCAAGAUUUACUUUGAGAGUUAAGGCAAAAAUAACUUUUGAAGAUGCUAUUAAAAGUAAAGCCGACAAAGAUGAACUUGACGCAACGAACAAAGUUUUGAAAUCUCAUAAACACAAUAUCUCCGAUAUAAAUGAACUUCAAGCUACAUUAAAUAGUAAAGCUGACAAAGAACAUACACAUAAAUCCUUCACUACUGUUAGAGCAGACGACAUAAUAUUGAACUAUACCCUUGGUUCAAGUGCACCUUUAGAGAAUCCGAGUACAAGCGUAAAAGAUACUCUUAACAAUUUAGAUAACAGUUGCAGGAAUAUCGAAGAUCAUGCCAGAAACUUUGAAGCAUAUGAACUACCAGCAAUGUUAGAUAAGAAAGCUGACAAGAACCAUACACAUAAAUCCUUCACUACUGUUAGAGCAGACGACAUAAUAUUGAACUAUACCCUUGGUUCAAGUGCACCUUUAGAGAAUCCGAGUACAAGCGUAAAAGAUACACUAAACUCCUUAAAUAGUAAAUGUAUGAACAUUGAAGGUCAUGUCAGAAACUUUGAAACAUAUGAACUACCAGCAAUGUUAGAUAAGAAAGCUGAUAAAGAACAUACACAUAACUCCUUCUCAACUGUUGCUAUAGAAAGUAUUGAAGGAACGGUUGGCGGAACUGGUGGGGAUGCAUCAUAUUAUAAACCUCCUAACUUUCCACAAGGUUUAACAUCGAAUGAAAACAUAACAACGAAGAAAGACAUUAGCUGUAAAAAUGUUUAUGUCAUGGAUGAUGAAAAUAAUGUUAAAUUCACUGCUCAAGAUUUAUAUGAUAAGAAAGCAGACAAAACAGAGCUUCAAACAUUAAAGACUCAGAUUCUUGAAACAUUAUAUCCUAUAGGCUCUAUUUAUACGUCAAUGAACUCAACAAAUUCAGCAACAGUUUUAGGUUUUGGUACGUGGAAGCAGAUUGUAGAUAAAUUCUUAUACUGUGCUAGAUAUUCAAAGCAAACAGGAGGUUCGAAGAAAAUUAAAGAAGCAAACCUUCCACCGCACACUCAUACAGGAACUACAAACUUUUCUGGCGACCAUAGCCACUCAUUAAGAGACCACCCAUUAUACAACUCAGAGUAUGAAGCUGGCAAUGAUGUUUUAUCUCCAUCUUAUAACAAUUCAGCAAAAAAGAUUUUUCGACAAACUGAACCGGGAGGUAAUCAUUCACACACUUUCACAACAAAUCCAACAGGCUCGGGUGCAGAUUAUAUGCCACCAUUUGUGACGGUUUAUGCAUGGUACCGCGUUCAAUGA